AAGACUGAAUGUAAACAAACACAAGACGAUAACAACCAAAUUUUAUUUAAAAUUUACAGUGUGGAAGACCAGCGUCACUGUAGCAACACUCAGACUUAUAUUUGUGUUACAUACGAACACGAAUGUUACCAUUAGUAGUGACCAGCGAGUGUGAUAUACGUAUUUAUAAGAGAAAAAAUUAAUUUAACAUUGUAGUUGUAUGUGAGUAUAGAUAUUUUUGGCCGUUUUGAUCAAUUAAAGUGCAGAAAGGAAGGAGCAUGUCACUUACGUAAGGAAAAGUGUUGUUUGUAGUGAGAUGAGCAGCGGAGGUCAAGACACUGCAGCUGCUGCAACUGACAUGAGCGUCUUAGAAAGUUGCAAUGUCAAGCUUCACGAAAAGAAAGUCAAGAAGUAAAAUAUGAAAGUUAGACUGAAGUUGAGGCAAUAAAUAUAUACGAGUUGACGACGUUAUAGAGCAAGUCUCAGGAACCUAGACACUAUAAGGUGUGGUGCACUGUAAGGUGUGGUGCACUGUAAGGUGUGGUGCACUAUAAGGUGUGGUGCACUAUAAGGUGUGGUGCACUGUAAGGUGUGGUGCACUGUAAGGUGUGGUGCACUGUAAGGUGUGGUGCACUGUAAGGUGUGGUGCACUAUAAGGUGUGGUGCACUAUAAGGUGUGGUGCACUAUAAGUUGUGGUGCACUAUAAGGUGUAUGGGGAGACGUAGACUCAGCCACUUGCACCCAACUUAAUACAAACUCAGAUAUAAAGAAGUUCUCUCACCGCCACAUAACUGUCUCAGUGGUUCAAGGCUGCCGUCAGAACCCCGAGUGUCUCUCUUACUUAAAUGUAAACUCAUUAAAGUCAUGGCAUAUGUAAUUCAGUGAUAUCUCUAAAUCACCAUCUAUCACUGAACUUUCCAUGUAGUUAUACUGCAGAAGUGUCCGCUACAACACCUUAACAUAUUUUUUCGACUCAGAGGACUUGUUUAAUGCGCACUAUCAUCACCAGUCAGGGUAAUAAUCUCCUCCCCAACUGACUUAGCAACAACUGGAGGCCUCAUUUACACUCCAGCUGGCCUCGGACCUCUAUCAAGAGGAAGCAUUUCAUCAGCUGCUACUGGAAUUUCAGCAGCUGGGUUCAUGACGGUUGGACGCUGGCUGGAGUUAGCAGUGACGAUCAUGGUUCUUGCAGCCACACCCGCCACUGGGCGCUACGACAGGGGCGGCCAGCAGCACAGCAUCACCUGGGGUCGGGCCAACAGUCACAGCUCAGCCAUUUUCGGCAACAUACCCACGAACGUCACCGCUGUGUUUGGUCACCGGGCCCGCCUUCCCUGUCAGGUCAAAAACCUGGGCCUCAAAGACGUGUCGUGGAUCAGGCAGAGGGACCUACACAUCCUCACUGUUGGGAUCUUCACCUACACAAGUGAUGACAGGUUCCAGGUUGUCCACCUCCCGGAGAGUGACCACUGGUACCUGGAUAUCUUGUCUGUCACCUUCAGAGACGCCGGAGUGUAUGAGUGUCAAGUAUCCAACAGUCCCAAGGUCUCCUUGCCCAUCCGUCUUAUUGUUCUAGGAGUCCAGGAGGCAGACAUCAUAGGGCCGCGGGAGGUGUACAUUCAACACGGCUCUACUAUCAGUCUUCACUGUGAGGUACAAGCUGGGGUGGAGGUGGCAGGAGCCGUGCUCUGGUUGAAGGGAUCUUCUACCCUCAACUACAGCUCACCUCGUGGAGGCAUCAGUAUGGAGGUAGAGAAGACGCCCACAAAGACAAUGUCCAAACUUUACAUCACACGGGCGGUGAAGACAGACUCGGGGAACUACACGUGUGCGCCCGUAUACGCCCUGCCAGACUCCGUCAAGGUAAUGGUGGUCAAUGCUGGUGAAGAGUCAGCAGCAGCUGUACACAGCAGUGUGGAGGCGCUGAGAGCGGGCGUGGGUAUCAUGUGGGUGUCUCUGGGCUCUUUGUGGGCGACCACCCUAAUGGUUUUCUGCCUUAUGUCUGUACCCAGCCCACGCGAGUCACCUGCUCUGUACCCAGCCCACGCGAGUCACCUGCUCUGUACCCAGCCCACUCCGUCCCCCCCAGCAUGAGGCUCAGUACUGCCUCCCAGCAUGAGGCUCAGUACUGCCUCCCAGCAUGAGCCUCAGAACUGCCUUCCAGCAUGAGCCUCAGUACUGCCUCCCAGCAUGAGGCUCAGUACUGCCUCCCAGCAUGAGGCUCAGUACUGCCUCCCAGCAUGAAGCUCAGUACUGCCUCCCAGCAUGAGCCUCAGAACUGCCUUCCAGCAUGAGCCUCAGUACUGCCUCCCAGCAUGAGGCUCAAUACUGCCUCCCAGCAUGAGGCUCAGUACUGCCUCCCAGCAUGAAGCUCAGUACUGCCUCCCAGCAUGAGGCUCAGUACUGCC